AGUUUUAUGGUAGGAUUAGACAUAAACAUUGCAAGAAUAAUUGAUUUUCAAUAAUUCUUUUCUCAAAAAUUACACGUUUCCGCAUGUUGAAACUUUGUGUGUGUGCUUAUAAUAGUGUAACUUUUCUGUAAAAAUACGUAUCAACACCACACUCGACUGACGUCAAUGGAAAGCUAAGCCGAAAACCGAUUGUUACUUCGAAGGUAUACAUCAAGUACUUCAUAAGUUCCCAAACCCUGAAGGGGAUAGAGAACGGUUCAACAAAUGGUUAUAUGCAAUUGGUGGUGACAUUUUAAAUCUGGAAAAUGAGCGCAUAUACAAGUAUCGCCGUGUGUGUCGAACACAUUUUGAAGACAAAUAUCUAUGUCGCAACAACAAAAUUAGCAACAUUGCUGUGCCAACCUUAAAUAUGCCAGCACCAUUAUCACUAAAAAGAACAUCUGCUAAACGACAGCCACUGCAACAAAUUCAUGACCUACAAAAGCCGUCAAAAUCAUCAGAUCCCAUUUCAACUCAUUGUGCAUAUAUGCAGCCUACAUCAAUGAACAUUGAAAAAGUUGUCAUACACAAAGAAAAUAUAGAUCCAGAUACAUUGAUGCUGCAUGAGCAUAAUAUACCACUUUCAAAUCUUCCAGUGACUGAGAAAAGUAUGGAACAAAACCUAGGAGAAAAACAGGCUGCCAAAAAAAAAACCAAACAUAGAUUUUUAACAAAGGCAGAAAAAGAACUACAACAGAAACUUGUAGCUGCAAGAAUAAAAAUUAGUAAAAUGAAAAACAAAGUUAAGAAACAGGCAGCCAACAUUAAAGCUGCAAAAAAAUUGGUAACUAAUCCUGCUGUCUUAGAUGUCCUCGAAAAUUGCUCAAGCACUGCAAAAUUAUUGAUGCAAUUACAAUGGCGUGAGGACCGAAAAAAGGAGAAAGGACGCCGUUUUACAUUACAGGAAAAAAUUGCUGCUUUAUCAAUUUUGAAGCAAAGUCCCAAAGGAUAUCGAUUCCUCAGGAAAAUUUUUAUUUUACCUGCUCAACAAACUGUUAUUAAAUUAAUACAAAUGAGUAAUCUCAUGCCUGGAAUUAAUAGUAAUAUUUUCUCACAACUGAAGACGAAAGCUGAAUCAAUGAAACCCCAAGAGAAGCUAUGUAUUAUUUUGUUCGACGAAAUUUCACUCAAAGCCAAUAUUACAUAUCAAGAGAGAAAAGACAAAAUAUCAGGACUUGUUGAUAAUGGGCAAGAAAGAAAGGCUGAAUUUGCAGAUCACGCCCAAGUUUUUAUGGUGCGUGGUCUAAUGUAUAACUACAAACAGGCAGUCUCUUACACAUUUUCAUCGAGUGCAACCAAGGGACCGGAGUUGGCGAAACAAAUAAAAGAGGUUGUGAAAGGAUUGCAAGAAGCGGGGUUGAUAGUGGUGGCCUCAGUAUGUGAUCAGGGAACCAAUAAUAGACAGGCUCUUAAACUUUUGAUAAAUGAGACCAGAGGGGUUUAUUUAAGAAAAGGAGAGGAACCAAAAGAAAAUAUAAUUUUAAUUAAUGAACAAGAAGUCAUUCCUCUGUAUGACCCCCCACACCUCCUCAAAGGAAUAAGAAAUAACCUUCUUACCAAAAAUUUAGAAUAUUACACUAAAGAAGGCAUAAUAAAAACCGCAAAAUGGUCUCAUUUACAAUUAUUAUAUAAUGAAAACCCUGGUUACAAGGGUAUCAAAUUGAUCCCUAAAUUGACUGAAAAUCACGUCAACCCUGAAAAAAUAAAUAAAAUGAAAGUGAAAUUCGCCUCUCAAAUAUUUAGUCGUACUGUGGCAUCUAACAUGGGAUAUUUAGCAGAUAAGAACAUACUGCCCACAGAAAGCAAGGACACGGCGGAUCUUUUAAUUUUCAUGGACAACAUAUUCGAUUCGGUCAAUGGAAGUAAUUUAAAGAACAAAUAUGCUAAACCCUUACUGGGUCCAGUAACGCCUAAUUCUGUCCACCAUAAAACAUGGGUGGAAGCCAUACAAAUGUUUGAAAAAAUGUCAUUCAUAACUGCCAGUGGUAAAAAAGAAACUGUUCCCACUGUGGCUAAUUGGGUGUGGACACUGAAAGGAAUUCAAAUGUUGUUAAAGAAAUUAAAAGAUAAACAUAAUAUAUCGUCGGUAUGGUUGCGGCACCUGAAUCAGGACCCAUUAGAAAAUUUCUUUAGUGCGGUGAGAAGCCAUGGCUGUCGCAACAACAACCCUACUUGCGAUCAAUUUGAAUCAGCUUUCGCCACACUUUUAAUUAACAAUUUAAGCAGUGUCCACACCCAAGGAAAAAACUGUGAAAAUGACUUGUGUAAUGCUUUAUAUUCUUUCGUACUCAACGAAAAUACUAAAGCUACGGCGACCAGCAUUAAUAUACAAAAUAUAUUAGAUAUUAAUUUAGAAAGUGUAGAAAUGAAAAAAAAUGACCCUAGGGUAUUUGCACCACUACAAUAUGUCAGUGGUUAUUUUUUGAAAAAAGCAAAAUCAAAAUUUUUUAAAAAUUGCUCUAUUUGUAAUACUGACUUUUGUAGUGAUGAACAAAUUGAAUAUAUAAAAUACAGAGAGUAUGCAGGUCGACGAUGGCUUUGUUCUCCCAGUAAUAAGUUAAUAGAGCUAAUUUCAAACUUACAAGAUAUUAUAAAUCAUAUUGUUAAAGAAAACUUAGAAGCUCUCAAUUUAAAAGAAAUUUUAAAGACUGCUAUUGUCACAUUAAUAGAUUUAGAUGUCAUACAAUGUGCCUUUCAUAGAAACAAAAUAAUUGAAUAUUUACUGAACACUGUCAUUCGUUUCAUGACUUAUAAUUAUUGUAAAGUAAUAAAUAGAAUAUUAUCUGGGAGACAUGAUGUUGAGGACGAAGAAGAUAAAGUGCAAAUAAAAGCUAAAAAAUAUCAUAAAAAAUGUUUUAAAAGGAAAAAAUAAACUAUGCCAUCAAAAACAUAACUAGUAAAAAAACCCAAGUCUCGCAACUCAGUUCUACCGUAAAAAGUUGUGAGAUUCAUGUAAUACCAAGUCAGUUAAUUUAUUCAGUCCCUAUUUUAGGGUCCUUCUGUCUCAAGUUAUUACGUAAUUAGCUAACUUAACAACAUCUUAUAGUGACGAUAUUAAUAUUAAAAAUCUUUUAUGUUUUAAAUAAAUAAAUUGACUUGACCAUCGCAUGAAAACAAUGUAUCUCACAAGUAAUACAAUUAGAUUGUUUAGUGCGAUUGCCAAGUUAAUCUAUGUAUUUAAAACAUAAAAGAUUUCUAUUAUGGAUAUGGUCACUAUAAGCUGUUGUUAGGUUAGCUAACAGCCUGUUUGUAAUGUUAAAAUAACAGCUUUUUACUAAAUGCAUAUGAAAGUAUAUAGGGUAUU